GUUAAAUUCCCGUUAAUAGUAAAUGAUAAACUCUUUCUUGAUUACCAUUAGAGACUACAAUAACCUACUUUGUGUUUUCCUUCUACUUACUAGAGUAGCUUCGACUGACUAUGUUCUACCUGCUUCCAAAUUGGCGAAAUUGCGAAAAUGCCCGUUUACGCCAGACUGUCAAUGAGGAAUUUCUUCGGGGGUUGACAGAUUUGAAAUCCACUGGGACUCUGUGCGAUGUGAUUUUGAAAGGACUGGAGGAAGGCGCCAUUGGCAUUCCAUGCCAUCGUGUCGUCCUCAGCGCACACAGCAGUUAUUUUCGCACCAUGUUCACAUCCGAGUGGAAAGAGAGGUGCCAGUCGGAGAUCCAGCUAAAGAACAUUCCCCACCGCACGCUCAACGAGUUGAUAAGUUAUUCCUACACGAUGGAAAUCAGUAUUCACGAUGAGAAUGUCCAGCACGUCCUAACUGCAGCAUUGUUCCUGAAUAUCGCCCCGGUGGCCCAAAUGUGCUGGGAUUUUGUGGAACGUCACCUGGAUGCCUCCAGUUGUUUGUUGGUGCACUGUAUGGCGGAAAAGCAUAAUAAUCAUGAUCUGGCAGAGAAAUCUAGAACCAUUGUCCUUCGCCACUUCGUUCCCGUUUCACAGAGCGUAGAUUUUUUAUUGGUGGACGCCGAGAAGAUUUCCGAGCUAAUCGAAUGUGAUGCUCUGCACGUGGAGAAGGAAGAUGAAGUUUUUCAUGCUGUCAAGCGUUGGUUUGAUCACGAUCCCGCUGGACGAAAGCAGCAUUUGUCAGACAUUAUGCAGUUUGUUCGAGUGACCUUUCUCGAUCCCCAGUGUCUUGAGGAAUAUUUCUUGGCUCUUCUGAAUGGCUUCCUUAUGGCACCAGGCGCAGAAUCGUCAAUUCGAGCCGGGAACAUCAGUGAAUUACCGGGUCGACGAGGGGAAGCAGCAGCGUCCCGAUGCCGACCGAGAGAAUCGUACGGUUUGCCUAAACUGAUUGUGUGUCUUGGUGGCGACGACAAGAAAGAGCGACCUCUGGACGAAGUGGUUGUAUUCAGUCCCUCGAUGUCAACAAUAAGUUGCCUCAAACGACUGCCGGGUACAGUCACACACUGCGGUGUAGCGGUAUUGGACGACACCUCGAUCUUCGUAUGCGGAGGAAUGCAACGGGCAAACAUGGACAGUACACAAGAAGUCUGGCGAUACGAUGCAACCAGCAAUGAGUGGAAGGAUGUGGCGCCAAUGAUUCAUCGACGCUCCUGCCACGGUGUGGCUGCGCUCAACGGUCGCAUUUAUGCUGUGGGGGGAAGUCAUUAUAAUGAGAUUCAUCAGUGGUCUAAGUUGUAUUCGGUGGAAUGCUUCAAUCCUCGAAGAAACUCUUGGCAGUUAAUGCCCAACUUACCGCUUGCCUUGGAGGAUGUCGCUAUGGUUGCAUUCAAGGAUCGGCUGUAUUUAUUCGGAGGAGAGUCGCAUUCCGGAAUUAGCAAUAAAGUCUUCUGCUACGAUCCAGUUGUGGAAGCUUGGAGUCAAAUGGCCGAUAUGCCCACCGGUCGACGGUGGUGCACUGCUUGUGUUGGCCCGAAGGAAUUGAUUUAUGUGAUGGGUGGAAAUGCUGGGGAACCGAGGGAAUGUUUGCGCUGCACAGAAGCCUUCGAUCCAAGCGCUAAUAAAUGGCUGAAGAAAGGUAAUAUCAUCAAGAGGCGUAAUCAGCCUGGAAGCGCGUUCGUGGACGGCAAGAUGUACAUUUUCGGGGGGUGGUCUAAGAACACUACGAACCCUGCAGCCAGUAACUGUAAUAGCUCGAUUGAGGUCUACGAUGAAGCUAUGGACACAUGGACUCUGCAUGGAGUCGGACUGCCAAAGGCGAAGAGCGCUUUCGGUUGUGCGGUGAUAGCGUUAAAGAAAGGUAUGCGUUUAGUUGAUUCCAGCGGUUAAGAGAAUCUGACGUUCGAUUAAUGAAGUGGACUACAAAUCUACAAAUGUCCAGGAGAUGACGGAUGUCGAUAACAGUAAUCACUGCUUUUUCUGUGUUGAUAUUUUCUAUGCUGCCUUAUGAAUAAUAACUUUGUACACAAAACACACCGAACUAAUUUUGUUACGGAAGGAAGUUGUUGUGUACGUAUGGAUUUUUAUUGUCUCUCUUGUUGUAGUUAACACUUAACACCCUAGU